AUGGCAGCAAUUCAAGGAGAUUACUUUAUCGCCAUCAACAUGGGGUUUGAGAACUCUGCAGGUGCCCAUAAACAUCAAGCAGUAGCAGUAAGGGUCCAAGCAGACAAGUCUAUCUUUUACAAAUGCUCGUUCGAUGGCUACCAAGACACACUCUAUGCUCACACCAUGCGUCAAUUCUACCGAGACUGCACCAUCUCAGGUACCAUCGAUUUCAUCUUCGGCGACGCCGUCACCGUCUUCCAAAACUGCACCUUCGUGGUCCGGAAGCCCAUGCAGAACCAGCAAUGCAUCGUGACGGCGCAAGGCCGCAAGGAGAAGCACCAACCUUCAGGAAUAGUAAUCCACGGCGGCUCGAUUGUGGCGGAGCCAGGAGAAUCAAAGGACCACAAGAACGUGAAGUUCGAUAGCAAGGCUUACUUAGCGCGUCCAUGGAAGAAUUACUCAAGGACGGUGUUCUUGCAAACAUACAUCGGAGAUUUGAUUGAACCCGAAGGGUACAUGCCUUGGCAAGGGCCAGAAGGUAAUACCGGCAUGGAUACUUGUUACUAUGCAGAGUUCAAUAACAUUGGCCCUGGUUCAAAUGCAACGAAGCGCGUGAAAUGGCAUGGUGUCAAGCACCUCACGGAAAAAUCUGUAGGUGCUUUCUUCCCAUCCAAGUUCUUCCAUGGUGACGAUUGGAUUAGGUUUACUAAGGUUCCUUACUCCCCAGGCUUAACUAAUUUCACGAAGCACAAAAUUUAAAGGGCAAUAGUGGUUAAUUAAUUAUUACUUGUGCUUAGUCUUUUUGUAUUUUUAAUUAGUUUUUAGUCAUCAGUGGAAUGUAAAGGUUAUUUUUAUUUUCUAAUUAUUUGAGGGCCAUAUCCCUUAAAUUGUAAAUACUCAUGUUAUGUACGUAAUAUAUUCUUGUAGGGUGUGUACUUUCA